AUUGAUGUCUUUGAAAAGCUGUUCAAUUUUGGCGGGUGAAGUGGAAACAGAAUUCUGGUCUUUUAAUGCUACCCUUCAGUGAAGUCUCUUUACAGAAUUUGAUAAAGAAGUGCACCACCGUUACCUCUCUUAAAAGAGCGCGUCAACUCCACGCUCUAAUUCUAACCACCACAACCUGCAUUAGCUAUGCACAACAUCCAUAUCACAACAACAACCUCAUUGCCAUGUAUGCGCAUUGUGGUUCUCGUUUGGAUGCGCAACGGCUGUUUGACAAAAUGCAUCAAAGAAAUAGCAUCUCUUAUAAUGCUCUUAUUGCAGCAUAUUCUAGAGAUCCUAAUUAUGAGAUUUUGAGUUUUAAGUUACUUUCAGAUAUGGGAAUUCAAGGCCUUAAGCCUAAUGGAGCAACCUUCACAAGCUUACUGCAAGUGUGUUGUUCGCUUGAGGAUUGGCUUUUGGCCUCGUUGCUUCAUGCUCAAGUUUUGAAAUUUGGGUUUGUGAAUGAUGUUUGCGUUCAGACGUCAUUGCUUGGAACCUAUUCAAAUUGUGGGGAUUUGGAGUCCUCGUGUAAGGUUUUUGAAAAUGUAGUGGACAAGGAUGUUGUUUUGUGGAAUUCUAUGAUAUCUGGGAACUUGAAGAAUGAUAGGAUACAGGAAGGGCUUCAUCUAUUCAGUGCAAUGGUGAGGUCUGGUGUUAUUCCUACCCAGUUCACUUACUCUAUGGUAUUGAAUGCUUUUAGUAAAUCAGGUGAUUAUAGUUGUGGACGAGUAAUUCAUGCCCAAGUCAUUGUUUUAAAUAUAGUAGCUGAUCCAGCUUUGCAGAAUGCCUUGCUCGACAUGUACUCCAGCUGUGGUGACUCCAAAGCUGUGUUUAGUGUCUUUCAUAGAAUUGAGAACCCAAGUUUAGUUUCAUGGAAUUCAAUGAUUUCCUGGUGUGCAAAAAAUGGAGAGGGGAAGAAAGCUAUGGAGCUGUUGGUCAAGUUGCUUAGACUGUCUAUUUCUAAACCAGAUCAGUAUACUUUUACUGCGGUUAUUUCUGCAACUAGUGAAUUUCCAGCUACUGAUUAUGGGCAACCUCUCCAUGCCCAAGUUACCAAAGCAGGGUUGCAGCGGAGUGUCUUCAUAGGAACUGCACUAUUGUCAAUGUAUUUCAGAAACAGUGACACGGAAUCUGCUCGAGGGGUUUUCGAGUUAAUGAAAGAUAAGGAUGUUGUUCUGUGGACAGAAAUGAUUAUGGGUCACUGCAGAUCGGAUGAUGGGAAAACUGCAAUAAAAUUAUUUUGCAAAAUGUGCAAGGAAGGCCAUAGGAGUGAUAGUUUUGCUAUUAGUGGAGCAUUAAGUGCUUGUGCUGAUCUUGCAACUUUGAAGCAAGGACAAACGAUUCAUACCCUUGCUAUUAAGACAGGCUGUGAUGCUGAAAUGUCCGUUUGUGGAAGUCUUGUAGAUAUGUAUGCUAAAAACGGCAAUCUUCAAGCUGCACAGUUGAUAUUCUCCCAAGUUCUCAAUCCUGAUUUGAAGUGCUGGAAUUCAAUGAUUGGUGGAUAUAGUCAUCACGGAAUGGCAGAGGAGGCAAUGAUGCUCUUUAAUGAAGUCUUAGAGCGUGGUAUAAGCCCAGAUCAAGUAACAUUUUUGUCUCUACUGUCUGCUUGCAACCAUAGUGGCUGGGUUGAAAAAGGGAAGUUCUUGUGGAAUUAUAUGAAGAAAAAUGGAAUUACUGCUGGCCCUAAGCAUUAUAGCUGCAUGGUAAGUUUAUUAAGUCGAGCAGGAUUGCUAAACGAGGCAGAAAAUCUUAUUACUGAAACAACCUAUAGUGAAGAGCAUUUAAAACUAUGGAGAACUUUGCUAAGCUCUUGUGUCAAGGAAAGAAAUAUGGAAAUAGGAGUUCAUGCAGCAGAACAAGUGUUGAGGUUAGAUCCACAAGAUAGUGCAACACAUAUUUUACUUUCAAAUCUUUAUGCUUCUGUUAAGAGAUGGGAUGAUGUUGCAGAAAUGAGGAGGAAAAUAAGAGGGUUGAUGUUAGAAAAAGACCCUGGAAUAAGCUGGAUUGAAUCCAAGAGUGAUAUUCAGGUAUUCUCUUCUGACGACCAAUCAAACCCAUUGACCGAUGAAGCUCAAGCUGAAGUACAUAAACUACAAGGAAACAUGAUUAAAUCAAUUACAAAUGAAUAUGAAUUUGAUGCAAGUCUAUAUUCUACAUAGGCCAUCAAGUCUGCCUGAGAAGGAUUAGCAUUAAACCACACAGAAGAUAAACACUCUGCAGUUAAUUUGAGGUUUCUGUGCUCAAUAGCUAAAGCAUUGAAAUGUAGGUUAGAUUAGCUUGGAUUUUGUAGGGUUGGAUUAUGCGCUCAUAGCCACUGAAGUAGCAAAGAAACUCACUUGUACACCUAUGAAAAGCAAAUCAAAUGAAUAAUAUCAAACUGAUUGUAACUUUGCAUCGUUUGAGGAAAGCAGUUUGCCUAUCUUA